AAACACUCAUUUUAGAGGGCUCCCUUUCAAAGACCAGACAUGGCGGAGCAUUUUUCACAUUCGUUAUCUCUGCGAGCCGUUUUUUUGCUACUUAUCGUCGAAUUUGUUUCAUGUGAUAUUUAUAUGCACAAUCCGAGAGGAUCCAAUGACCGGUUGGACUCAACUGGCGUAAAUAGACAAAAUGCAAACCGUCUCUUUGACUCGCAGAACAAUGCGAAAGGUGGUUACAAUGUCGGUGAGCUGCCCGAUGGUGGCACUAGAGGUCGACAAGAUCUUCAGUAUGCCAUGAAAUAUUUUCAAAGUGGCCGUAACUACUUGUCAUCUUGGGGCAAAGCGGGAAAAUCGCGAUUGAUCAUUGAAUGGACCAAUCAGCACGGCUGCGGUCACAGGGAUCUAAAUUGUAACAUCGUACUGCAAUACAUGUGUCAGAAAAACACCUUGGACAGUUUGGACGAUAGAAAAAACAAAGAUUACGAUGUGAUACGGAACGGAAAAGUAGAAACUACUAUUAAGUAUACGAACAUCCGAUCUUAUUCCUCAAAAGCUGCUAAAGAUAAUAUAAAAAGAAGAAAUGCAAAUCUUAAAUAUGGAAUGCACGAACCGUGGGAAGCUUAUGAUAAAUGCCGAAAGCGAGAAAGAAACAAAGGUUUGUUCACUGCUGAUCAGAACGUGCAAGAUAAUGCAGGUAGUACGAAAACCAGACAGAAUCCGAACGGCAACCGAUAUGGGUACGAAUGUCCCGAAGAACGAGACUAUUUCCCCUAUUGGCAUCCCACUGAUUGGAAAGACGCUGCUGUAUUCGUCAACAGUAGAAGAGAAUGUUCGUAUUACAGAUAUAACAGCUUUAACAGAAGACCUAAAGGCGAAUGCUUAGACAUCUAUCCGAAUGGCGGUCUAAAGCAUUAUUCAAAGCAUAACAACAAAAAAGCAUGCGAAAAAGCGAAUAGCAUUUGGGUGAAAUUUUAUAGCUACAUUGACAUCAUAGACAAAUACAAAAAUCAAUAUGAAUGCAGUAGAGCGUCGACCAGGAGCGUGCCGCUCGUCUGGGGAAUUCCCUACGACUCGCAUCGCAUCGAUAAACUCCAAUAUAAUCCGAGUACUAAAAAAGUAACGGGACAGAAGUGUUUGGUUCAACCUCCCAGAAUGAAUUGUUUCGUCUCCCCUCUCUCGCGGCCCAAUCAUCUUGGCAACGUUAGACGCGCUACGCCCAUGAGAUACACGUGGACUAUUCCGUACUUUCCUUCAAACGAAGAGAAACGUUGUGCGUUCAGGAUACGUUAUAACAUUUCCACCGGUGAUUAUGACGGUGACAGAACAUUUAGUGAUAAAAACGGUGCCAAGUCACCCGUGAAGAACGAUCCUGCUGUCAAAUUCGAUACGACUUUGCCCGGAGUGAAUUUCAAUCUUCAACUGGCCGUAAAUACGGCUCAAUUCGGAAGGACAUUUCAAGAUCGAAGCCAUGUCAUGAUAUUGAUGCCAAGAAAGGCGGCAAAAAUUCCCGACAGAUCGGCCAUAUACAAUUUGAACGUUCGCGGAAAGCGAGGAAAUAUAGUACAGGCGUAUCCAGCUGUUGAGUAUGAUUUCAUUCCCAAAAUCUCGGUGAUUACGGAAAACGAUAUUUUGCAUAUACAAUGGACAGGUUCAAGUAAAAAUCCACCGAACAAUGCAGGUGAAGGCGAGGCAGGCACGGAUAAAAAUAAUUUGGUCGAAAUAGAAGGCCCUUCCAAGAAUGUGAAAAUCAAAAACGAUGGCACGAUGAUUUCCAAGGCGACCUUAGUCUGGUCACCUGAUAAAAAUUUGAAAACCCUAGAAGAUGUUAAGGUGGCUCUCGCUUCUUCUGGGUUCGAUUUCUCUCGUGGAAAAGAAAAAAGGAUCGGUCAAAUUCCUGGUGUACGUCCUGCGUUUCAAAAUCAACUCAAUAAUUCACCAGCAUCCUUCUCUGUUGCACUGUCGUUUAGUCCGGGAAUAUACCAUUUCAUGUGUACCCGGAAUAACAAUUUCACUAAUCGCAACCAAAAAGCAUCGUUGAUAGUCUUUCGUGGAUGCAGGUGUCGUUCCCACAGGUAUUAUAGACGACGAAACGGCAAGUGAUGACGAAAUUGCUUCGAAUUCUUAAAAACUCUGAUGUCACUCGCGUCAUACAGGCAAUCAAUUGAUAAAUAUUAUUUUCGUGUAAACUGUGAAACUUUCAUUAGUGUAUUUAUGUAUUAUGGAUAAUAUAGCUGCUCCAUCCAUUUUGCUGUUUGUCUCUUAAAAAAUAUGUAAUAUCUCUGUUGAUAGAAAUAAAACGAGAUACGAAUA